GCUGCAGCUGGGUGUGCUUCGGUGCUUGUGUGUCAUGCUGGUUCAUUUCCUUGCGCUUUAGCGCCUCACGUGGCCUAAUCAUGUAAAUCGCGUCAGGUGCUUCAGAACUAUUAUGAUUAGACGGCAGAACAUACAGCAGUAACGUCUCAUCUUUCAUCUAAAUCCGCAGGACAGUGACUGAGAAAGAUGCCGAAGAGAAGCGACUCGAAGCCCGUUGUUUCAGCUCCACGAUGGGAAGAAGUUCAAGAUUUCUGCAACCCUGACAAACUGCUGUUGUGCCCCUAUGACCCACAUCAUCUGAUCCGGGCCUGUCGGUUCCCGUACCACCUCAUCAAAUGCAGGAAGAAUCAUCCUGAAUUGGUUGGUGAAUUAUGGACUUGUCCAUUCAAUGCACGCCACUUGAUGAGAAAACACGAGCUGUCCCAUCACAUCUCAACCUGUGUGGACCGGUGCACUGUUAAUGACACCUACAUGGCCAGUGACGACACUGAUAGUAAGCUUAAAAUCCCGGUGAGGACCUGGACUGCCCCUCUGUGUGAUGAAGACUGGGAUGAAGAGGUGAAAAAGCAUGUAACAUCAGCGCCAUCUUCUGUCUGGGAUGUGUCCAAAUCACUUCCUCAGGACAGGGAAAACCCCAGCACUUCCAGUAAUGUGACUGCUGGUUUCAGACCACCACAAGUUCUUCCCUGGAUAAGCAGCUCUACUGAUUUUUGAGGUUUUUUUAGUGUCAACCAUGUCAAGAAUAUUCCUGUACAAAAGACAUUGAAUCCUGAUCGUGUUGGUUUCUUGUUUUGCCGUUUCUUGUAUAUGCCACUAGUUCUUGCAGUGACAAAUUAGUUUUCUAAUCUUCAGUUUAGUUUCCCAAAGGUGGAGUAGUAAAGACGGUUUAGGUUCUUAGCUGUGUUUACAUCAAACAAAAGAAAAGCUUAUGAUCAGGAUAUACAGAAUACAAGACUUUCAUUGAUGUGUUUUGUGUUGUCAUAGUUGCUUUGUGC